AAAUAUGACUUGAACUAUAUAUUAUAAUGAAUACUCUGUGUACAUCUUUGGGAGUGAGGAAAGGUUCAUGGACUGAAGAAGAAGAUUUUCUUUUAAAAAAAUGCAUUCACAAGUAUGGUGAAGGAAAGUGGCAUCUUGUCCCUGCUAGAGCUGGUCUGAAUAGAUGUCGGAAGAGUUGUCGAUUGAGGUGGCUCAAUUAUCUAAGGCCACAUAUAAAGAGAGGUGACUUUGAGCCAGAUGAAGUGGAUCUCAUUUUGAGGCUUCAUAAGCUCUUAGGCAACAGGUGGGCACUUAUUGCUGGUAGACUUCCGGGAAGGACAGCGAACGAUGUGAAGAACUAUUGGAACACUCACUUUCAAAAGAAGUUAAAUACUGUUGCUCCUCCUCCUCCUCCUUAUCGUCAAAAGAUUAAUAAUAAAUGCGGAGAAAUUAGUAAGAAUGAAAUAAUAAGACCUCAACCUCGGAACUUCUCAAGAGCUAAGAAGAAUAUUUCUCAUUGGUGCAACAACAAAAGUAUGAUCACAAACACAUUAGACAAAGACGACGAACUCUGCAAAGAAAUAGUAGUAAAUAUUUGUGACAAGACAACAGGCCGAGAAACAACGUUGUCGUCUAUAGACGACGAUGGAGUUAAAUGGUGGACAAGUUUACUGGAAAAUUGCAAUGAAAUUGAAGAAGAAGAAGCUAUAACUAAUUAUGAAAAAACACCAACAACGUUGUUGCACAAGGGAUACAAUGGUGAAGGCAACUCCAUGGAACAAGGACAAAAUGAUGAUUGGGAUGAAUUUUCGGUUGAUAUUGACUUAUGGAAUCUACUUAAUUAAAGAGAUAUGUAAUGGCAAUAUUAAUAUUGUAAACUUGUAAUAGGGAUGUAAUUGUCCUUUACACUUUAUAUCGCAACUACAAGUGUUAGGAAUGUAAUUUUGAAUAUUAUAGAAUUAUUAUAAGUGCAAGC